AAAACACGUAAAGCUCUUACUUUAAAUAGUAAAUACGAUAUCGUCAAAAGAUGGCAAGGAGGUGUGAAGCAAAGUGAAGUUUGUUCUGAAAUGGGAUUAAGUAAAUCAACGCUGCUAUGUCUUCGGCAGUUGACACUGAUGAUGACGGAGAAAAGGAAAAUAAUGAUGAAGAAUCUGUCGAAGCACUUCGACAUAUUGACAGCGUUCAUCAUUUCCUUCAGUCACGAAAUGCUCCGCAGCGUGUGCUAGAUCGACUAGCUGAAGUGGA